AUUCUUUAUAUCUGGUCUCCACAGUACACAGAACAUGGAAAUGCAAUUAUUUUAGUAAAUAUAAUCUGCUAAAUACCUCUUGUGACUUUUAUCAGUGUCCAGCAAGCACUGGUUAAAGCUUUUAGGAGUUUUCAUUCUCCCCUGAUUGUCCUAUAAGGCUGCAUGACCCCUGACCCUCUGUCUGGACAGCACUGAUUGGCCCUGUGCUGAUCACAUGCACUCUCCCAAGAAAAAAAAAAACUCUCUAGCUAUACACACCAAACUGAUCAUGUGCAGCUUGCCCCCAAAAACUCUGUUCUAUCGGCAGAUGGAUUGGGGACAGCAACAGAAGGAGAGGAUCAGAGAGGACAGGAUCAAACAGGCUCUUUACACAAUGCAGAGGAUUAACCCCUUAGGUUCCACAGUGAGUAUAACAAGCAUGCUUUACUGCAUAUACAGCUGAUUUUACUGUAGUGGGUUUAG